ACAUGGCGGCCUUCAGGGGAACUUUUCGAGUUCUUUUCAUUCGUCUGAUUUCUCCCUCUGUCGCAGUCAGACGGUUUCGUCAUGAAAGUUUGUCUACUAGGUUGUCAGAAGUGGGUGUUUUAGAGACACCCCGAAUUCAGGGUCAAUAUGACACAGGCCAGUUAUUUCUCCACCGUGUGUUCGGGUAUCGUGGUAUCAUUCUCUUCCCCUGGAUGGCUCGCGUCUAUGAUCGAGACAUUGCUAAUAAACCUGAUGAAGACAAAACAAAUUUGGAUGACCAUGCGACAGUUGUGGGCAAGGAAGUGAAGGGAAAAACACAUACCUACUAUCAGGUGUUGAUAGACGGGAGAGAUUGUCCUUAUAUUAGAGCGCAAACAGAAGCUGUGACAUUCUUAGGUAACCAAGACAACAGUCGUGCAUUGUAUGCAAUACCAGGUUUAGACUAUGUAUCACAUGAGGACAUUUUGCCAUAUGCCAGUACAGAGCGACACCCCAUACACCAUGAACUCUUUGACAAGUUUUUACUGCAUGAUCCAGGCAGUACACCACAGUUCAUACCAAGAGAAACAUUACGGGCUUGGCAAGAGAAGAAUCACCCCUGGUUAGAGUUGUCAGAUGUUCACCGAGAGACGACGGAGGGGAUUAGAGUGACUGUGAUACCAUUCUAUAUGGGGAGUAGGGAAUCUCAACAGACACAUGUAUAUUGGUGGCGAUACUGUGUGAGACUGGAGAACCUGGGAGAGGAGACAGUACAGCUGAGGGAGAGACACUGGAGGAUCUUCAGUCUGUCAGGAACCCUGGAAACAGUCAGAGGUCGUGGGGUCGUAGGUCAGGAACCAGUGUUGUCUAAAGAGUUACCAGCAUUUCAGUACAGCAGUCAUGUCUCAUUACAAGCUCCUAGUGGACACAUGUGGGGCACAUACAAAAUGGAGAGACGAGAUGGGAGCUCUUAUGACUGCCGCAUUCCACCUUUCUCUCUGGAGAGUAAAUAUGAAGAUAAAAACAGCCCACACGGAUUUGCAGGCAAUUAACUUUUUACAGGAAACUUAUUUUUAGAACUUAAGGGCGUUGACAGGUUUUUGAAAUUCUGAAAAACAGUAGCCACAAUGUGGUUAGAAAACUCAGUUUUAUUUUCUUUUGGCAUAUUUGUUUACUGACAGGCACUGAAAGGUUUUUGGCUUCAUUUUGGCUUCAGAAUGAUUGAGACACUUUUGUGAAAUCAUAUCGAUGAAAAAGGAAUGGGCUAUAAACAUGUAUGCCCUUUUAGAAUAUUACAGACUUGUGAAUGUUAUCAAGAUGGCAUUUUUCUAUCCUUAGGUAGCAGAUCGUCAAAACGAACAAAGUAGUGGUUGCUAGCUAAACCAAAGACAUUCGAAAAUCUAACUUGAAAAUAUUAAUUAUGAGUUAGUCAUAUUUCUCUUUCCGAUUGGGUGAGAAGUUUUUUGGAAGGCUGCGUGAAUGUAUGGUUAUGUAUAACUGAUGGCAGCUGUGCCAUUGACUGCACAUGUAGUUACAUAAUUCUUAUUAUGGAAUAACAAGACCUUGUAUAUAUUUACAUGUAUUUUUCUGUACAAAAUAACUUGAGUGUACUCUUAAGCCAAGUAUGUGUACUUUCUAUGUAAUCAAAGAGACAUGUAAAUAGCAUUUAUGACACUGACUGUGUUAUGUGUUGUGUACAGAGUUGUCGGGACGUAUUUUAGAUAUUUGGGUUUGGUUAUGUGUGUUGAGAAAAUGAUGUAAAGUCGUGACAAAACAAUCAAUUGUGUGUUGACAUCACUUUUGUACAUUAAGACUUAUGCCAGUCCGCUGUAAAGGGAAGCAAAUCUUCCAUGCAGUGGUGAACCAGACAUAUUUAUCCCAAUAAAUUUGCUCACCUGGAAAGGGGUUCCUUUGGUGAGAUUCGGUCCUGCCCCCCUCCCCCCACCACCACCACCGCCGCCCCUCCCCCCAUUGACUGGUGUCCUAUAUGGCAAUCAAUGAGUGGACAAAUUAUAUUUAUAUGUUUUAUGGACUAACCAAAUACUUAGAGAGGUUUCCUCUGCCUCCAUUUACAAGAGUUGCUUCCCUUUGCAGCAGACAUGUAAAUAUUUUUGUGGAUGUGUCAGUAUAAACUUCUACAUGGAUAAUAAGGGCCUUGGAGUGGUUUGUCUGAAGUGCCAUAGGAAGUGGUGAUAAUUGAGGUAAACAUGUAUAAAAGUGGCAAUAAAAAGCACUUUUUCUUGGUGUUAAUUAUAUAUACUUGGUUUGGCAUACCAGUAUGUGUCCAAAUGUUAUACCAGGUCACUUAAACCUUAAGCUAAAGCCAAGACCCCCUUAUAGACUACCCCAGUUCUUAGUGUGUCUGGGUUCUUGAUGACCUAAGCAGCAGCGCACAUGUGAAUGUUUAUUGAAGACUACUUGCCUUCCACCAGUAUGGUGUGCCUAUCUGUAUGUUACAUGCGGCAAAGUUUGUAACUUGCAAAACGUUUGUGGGUUAAUGUAUGCUGGGUACUUGUCCACCCAUAACACUUGGUAUCAUCAUAUCAGUGAGGCUUUCUCGAGUAGGGCAUUAAACUACAAACAAAUAAGUAAAUAUACAUUGUUCACAAUUUCAAUCAAAGUCAUUAUGCUAGAUUUUCCCUGUUGCAACUUUUGCGUUAUUUGUGUGUUUUUCCCUUUUUUGUUAAAAGCAUCAGAUAGUGCUAUACAUUUAUACAUGUGAAUGGUGAUUGUAAUUGGUGCCUUGCUGCCAACAGUUUGUUUUGAGACAGCCGAUACAUGUGAUCUAAAUGUAUGUGCAUUGGGUAUUUAUAUAUUUUGUGCAGUGGAUAACUGAAACAGAAAUUUUGGGGGGGUCAUUUUGCAGGUGAAACAUGUAAAACAGUUUAUUCAGGGUGCAAGAUGAAGCAAUCUUUUAAAGUGAAGUAAGUUAAAUUUCAGUCUUGUUCUUUGUCAAAAUCAGUCAGGCAUCAGGUGGCUUUUUGCGGCCCUGAAACAGUAUUGAGUUUGAAGGUUUCCUUGUAGAAUUUUGUUUGGUAGAAAUCUUGGAAUUAUUCUCACCCACUUUGUUUCUUUAAAACCAACUCAUCCAUUUCAUGGAGUCUCUCACCAAUGCGGUCGCUGUGAUUUCAAGUCCAGCUCAUGCUGGCUUUCUCUCCAGCCGUUUGUGGGAAGGUCUUUCAGCUACCUGCGGAUGGUCGUGGGUUUCCCCCGGGUUCUGCCCGGUUUCCACCCACCAUAAUGCUGGCCGCCGUCGUAUAAGUGAAAUAUUCUUGAGUACAGUGUAAAACACCAAUCAAAAAAAAAAAAAAAAAUCAUGGACUCUGUGCAGGAUUGUAAAGGUGAGGCUGCUGUCACGUGGUAGAGUGACGUCAUUUCAUUGAAGAAUCUACUUCCUGCAAUGCACAACUGAGACCAACAAAGGCAUCAACCUAUUCUUUACAUUUUGCUCGAGAUUACUCGGGUGUUCAAUACACGUCUGUGCGCACUUAACUGCGCAAGGUGUCUCAUAGUCUUAUCUUUAUAUUUCCCGUUAAUGAUACUAAGUGGUAUCAAUAAUGUAUCAUGUUACGUGAAUAUAUCUAACAUCUGUGUUUAAAAUCCUACGCAUCAUGUGUUAUCAAUAUGUUUUUCACUGAAGUCGAGAGGUUUGAGGAGUCGUCAACGAGCAUCAGGCGGAUGUUGACCUGAAGUGUUGUUGUUGAUGUGUUGAUCAGUCAAAACCCUUUUAUUAAAUACUGGAUUUUGUUUAAGGUACAUUUUCAUGAUCAGUUAUCGGUAACGCUGCCAAUUAAGUCUUUAGAAUUCUAUUGCUGAUUCCAGAAAGGCAAUUUUGAUUUCAGUGACAUUAAAAGCAUCCUUGUAAUGCACAAUUGACAUUUUAGAAAUUCAAACUGUGAUUGAUUUAUCCUUACAUUGCGUUUGUAAGAUGAUUCCAAUAUAUCCUGGAGUUUAAAAAUCACUGUUUGAAAUUUUACAUUUUGGAGUUGAAAUCAAGAGUGACUCUGUGGGAUCAACCCCUAACGACUUAAGUCGGCUGUUUGGGAUUAUGACCAUUGGCGAUACUCUAUCUUCGGGAAUCCACAACCAGUUGAGUUCCAAUUUCCCGGUGAGCGUCGGCGAACACUCGAACCGCCGAUCCUGGCUAACUGAACUACUGGCCCCGGCGGUCACCCGUCAGGUGUACGAGAAGCAGGCUUUAGGUGCGUAUGCACUCUGCGGAUGAUCGGCGACUCGAGUGGUCUUAUAACGUUUCAUAUUGGCAGUUCACUCGUACCGACCGGCAGAGGACCGAAAUAAGUUAUAUUUGUACACCUCUAAAUCCUUAUAACAUUCUUUCUUGAAAUCUGAGCACGAAAUGUUACUGAAUAAAUUGUUUUUGGAGUACACAACCAAACAGGGUUUCUGUAGAAGAUGGCUUGGAAACAAUAUUAUGAUGUUACCAGGCCCAAUUGGUUUAAACCGUAAUUAAGAUUUCAUUUCUGACAUUCGGUUGUCGUAGACGAGCUAAGAGUAGGUAUUUCAUUUAUUUACCGAGAAAUCAGUACAGUGAGAUAAGAAGUGGAACGUACUGGUAAUGUCGGGUUCCUGGUUAUCAACUUGUUAUACAGUGACAUUUGGUUGAUGGGAAUUUGUACCAUUUCAAUGCUUUUGGCGAAUGUGGUUUACGUAGGCCUAUGUGACAAAUUGUUCACAUUCUACCUAAUGUAACUGUGCAGGCAAAACUGUUCUGGGAAAAUUGUGCAUUAUCUAUGUUCACUGCAUUGAUAUUCGAGUUAUUUGACAUCAGUAACAUUUUUUUUUUAUCGAGGAUUCAUUCGGAUUAACUGUUGUAUAAACGCACUGGUACAUGUAGUGUACAGAGACGAUUUUGGAAUAAACACAUCCGGAGUCAUUGCUUUG